AUGGAAAUAUCCGGUUUUAAAGUUGGUGUUAUAUACACUAAAACACUCGGUAUCUGUUACAGCACUAAACAUAUAUACGGCAAAGUGGUCAUAGUAACCGGUGGGAAUGCAGGAAUCGGUUACGAAACGGCGAAAGACUUGGCCUUCAGAGGUGGCCGUAUCAUUUUAGCAUGCAGAAACGAAACUCGUGGAAUCACAGCCAGGGACAAAAUAAUUACGGAGACUGGUAAUCAAGAUGUGCACUUCCGUAAACUAGAUUUGUUGUCGCUGAAGUCGGUGCGAGAAUUUGCUGAGGGUAUUCUAAAUACUGAGAAAAGAAUCGAUAUACUGAUUAACAAUGCAGGUAUAUAUAGUAGCAAGUUUGUGAAGACAGAAGACGGCUUGCUAGAAGGAAUGCAAGCUAAUCACUUUGGUCCAUUUCUGCUAACGUGCCUGUUACUACCAAUGAUCAAAGCGUCAGCUCCUAGUCGUAUUAUCAACGUGUCAUCUGUAGCUCAUUCGAGCGGAAAAAUCGACAUUGAUAAUUUGAAUAUGGAAAAAAAUCGAUCUUUCAAGGGUCAUGAGAUUUACUGUAAUUCUAAAUUGUGCAACGUCCUCAUGGCAAAUGAAUUGACACGGAGGUUAGAAGGCACUGGUGUAACUGCUAAUUCCUUACAUCCAGGCGUUGUUAAUACUGAGAUACUUAACAGUGUCGACAAUUGGAUAGCAAAAACUGCACUCUCAAUGUUAAAGUCACAGUUUAAGACACCAUGGGAGGGCGCUCAGACUACAAUCUACUUGGCUGUAUCACCAGAAUUGGAAGGUGUAAGUGGUAAAUACUUCGCUGAUUGUCAUGAGGAAAAAUCCUGCAAGAAAUCCCGAGACCCAGAACUGGCUCGUAAACUAUGGGAAGUUUCAGAAAAACUAGUGCAUUUGAAUGAUUGA